UUAACGCUUGCGCUUUAACGCGUGCUUUUUUGGUAGGUAAGAUUAUGGUGGCUUAUCGAAUAUCGAACGGACGAAAAUGUUCUCGAUUGGCAGUUCACCUGUUACCCAGGGCUGCAGCAUGAGUAAUAAACAAUACAUUAACUACAUAAAUUUUAGCAUAUUUCAAUUAUUCUCUAAAAUCAAAAUUUAAGGCAAAAAACAAAAAAAAAAACAUUAAAAUAAUCAACGUGUGUAAUAAUAAAAGUACGUUUAUAAAAAUACGCCAAGGGCUAUACUACGAUAGUGCAGUGUUUGUUUUGGUGGCAACAUGCUGGACAACACCAACUGCAAUCCAGAUAAGCUUUCUUUGGGGGAUUUAAAGCUGGAACUGACCUCCAGUGAUGGUGUCAAACGACAAGUGCCCGCGCUGGAUGAGCAUUGGAUUACUCGUGAUAAGGAUAAGCCCUUUCAGAACUACGUAUGCAUGCUCUGCUCGUUCAGGCAAAUUAAAUCGGGUGCCGCCUUAGAGGAAUGGCUUUACAUAGCCACAUGUUGUCAACAGGAUUUGGAGUAUUUGCUCGGUCUGAGUCAUCAUGUAUUCUGGUCCCAUAUGGUGUACGAGGAGUCGGCCAUGAACGUUAUUGUCACAUUUCUGCAACGUGCCAAUCCAUACUACAGAACGGAUUCAUCAACGGGCGAAACUACACCCAUUGAUGGUGCAGCUGCCUCCAAAGCUGAAGCGCUUUAUGCCAAACUACUUAAUCUUGUGGUACGAGUCAUUUUGCGUCUUCUAACCGCGCAGGAAUCGCCCACAGAGUGGAUUAUCCCAGAACAGCAUGGCGAUUUGUUGUACAAAAAUUAUUUGAUUUCUGUUCCUCUUUUAUUUGAUCUCGUCGUUGCUGUGGGCGAUGCUGAAGCCCAGAACGUUGCUUUGCUAGAGAAGAUCUUUACAACUGUGCUCAGGCUGCAACCCAAUUAUUUAAAUGACUUCCGGGAGGGCCUGGCCUUCUAUGAGAAUGCUUUUUUAAGCAUGCAGAUUCAGGUGGACAACGAAGGCUGCGAAGGCGCUUGCGGCGGAUCGUUGCUGGACAGCGAUGCUGAGACGCCGUACGACGAUGUUGUCCUAUUCGCCCUCGACUGUGCCUACACGCUGCGCGUUCUACUCAAAGUGUGCCCGGCGUUAACGCAGAUCUGUGAAGAAACCAAAUUGCCACAGUGCAUCGCCAACUUCUAUGACCUGACUGUUCCAAUGAUGUAUAAAAAUAUUUGUCUGGUCAAUCCAAUGGCCAGAUCGCUCAAGUGGUUAAACGAAGCACGUCAGCAAUUUAUUAAUGCGGUGAGGAGCAUAACACACGCACAACUGCAGAAAGCAUGCCAGGAUCCGCAGUCGAGUAGCGCCCAAAAGUUUGUGGAACUGCUGCAGGAAUGCCUAACGGCGCACACAUUUGUUGUGGAUUAUGAACGGCAAUAUCCAGUGGAGCACGAUGUCCAGCAGUUGUUGCCCAUCUGCCCAAGCAUCAAGGACUACAAAGUGGACUUUGUUGUGGCUGGCUAUCAGAAAGUGCUCGGAGACUGCACCACCAGUAUCAUGGCCGAAGAACUAAGCGGGGCCAGUAGCAUGGAGUCCCUAGAUGAUUCACACAACUCACCCAUACCAGGGAACAUAGGCACGGCUACACUAACCAAUGGCAUCGAUUGCAGUUCCCAAACUCAACCGCAACGUGAUUUUGAUUUGGAGGCAACUGCUGUGCUGGAUGUGCUGCCGGAUCUGGGCAGGGGCUUUAUACAACGUGUGCUAAAGCGCUAUGAGAAUAGUGAACAGGCCAUAGCGGCAAUACUGGAUGAUAAUUUGCCACCGGAUUUAAUAAAUAAUGAUCGACAGGAAAUCUAUAUUCCGGAGGAUCCUCAAGACAAGUUGCAGAAAAACCUGGGACUGCGACAUUUUAAUGUGCACGAUGGCGAUCGCUAUGAUGUGCUGACACAGGAAAUGCCGCAGUGCAUCAUAAAGCAGGGCAAGGGAUUGCCCGGAAAGCCACGGAAUGCUGAACAAAUGUUGGAUGACAAACGGCACAUUGGUGAGCUGAAGGAGCGCUAUCAGAAAUAUGCCCUCGUUGAGGACCAACUGGAUGAUGGGGCAGAGUAUGAGGAUGAGUAUGACGACAGCUAUGAGGCACUAAUAGAUGGUCAGGCAGCACCAUUACAUAAGCAGCGCCGUCAACAAUUCCCUGAUGCUGGUGUCUAUGAGGCCCCAGAUAACGACGACGAUGAGGACGAUGAUGGCUCAAGCAGCGAGGGUAGCAAUACAUCCCCACGUGAUACUCACAGCGCUGACUUCUGUGAAAAUCCUGAAGUGAUACGCGCUCGCUACGCGGCUCGUCAGCAGGCCAAGUGGGGUAAUCGUGGAGCAGGCACAUCGGCGCCACCACCGCCCAGCCAACGCGAUGUGGUAGGCGCAGCCAAGGGCCAGGGUCAGUCGCGGGAAACGCAGCGCAAUCGUGGCCAAAAAGAGGCCCACAAAUCGUCGCGUGCCAAUCACAAUCGCAAGGCUGGCGCCGCCUACAAGCGAAGCAAAGGAAUGUUAUCCUAAAGCGGCAGUAAAAGGUUCAGUUUGUAUAUUCCAUCUUAAAGUUAAAACAAUAAUGGAAAGCUUCAGUUGAGUAAGCAAAUAAAGAAUUAUUAACACAUAGA